AUGACCAAACCCUGCAACUUCAAGGACCAGGUAGCGGGCAAGAUUUUCUGCAAAUCGGAUGGUCAAGCUCCUGGCAACGGCUUCGACUGUCGAUCGGAUGAAGUCCAUCUGCCCUCUCAACCACAGCUCCGCGGGCAACUGCCACAAGCAGGAAGUCAAUUCGAGAGCCUCGGUUGCGGUUUACCAGAAGAUUGUGACCCUCAUGUGCCGUACAAAGCCACAGCGGUGAACGGUACCAUUCGAGCACUGCAUGGAGCUGGAGCAGAGUUGCCUCUUGAUGCGGAGAGCCGUGAAUUCUGCACCGCUGCAGUGUUGGACGACGAGGACGACGAGGAGGACGAGGAGGAGGAGGAGAGGAGGAUGAGGCAGGAGGAGGCGGAGGAGGAGGAGAAGGAGGAGGAGGAGGAGAAGGAGGAGGACGAGGAGACUCACAACAUUGUAACAUGGGGUCGCCUCUGCGCCAAGGUGUUGGGAUUCACAGGUGGUAAGAAGGAACCCGAAGAUGCCACCUUGAACAAGUACAGUCUUGUUUUUUCCUUCCAAGAGCUGCAAAGAGCCACAGAGAACUUCUCUCCGUCCAAACGGAUGGGCGAAGGUGGCUUUGGUGCAGUCUACCGUGGGAUGCAGCAAGAUGGCACCGAGAUCGCUGUGAAGGCUUUGGACAAUGCCCGCGAGUCGGGCUUUGAAGACGAGGUGCGAGUCUUGAGCAUGUUUCGCCAUCCCCACUUGGUGGUGCUCAUGGGUUUCGCACGCAACGGACCCAAGCGCUUCUUAGUGUAUGAAAUGAUGGAGGGUGGAGAUUUGUUCAACCGCAUCCACAGCAAAAAACAGGCUUUUCCCUGGCGGGACCGCGUUUGCGUGGCGUUUGAUGCUGCCUGCGGACUCUCAUUCCUUCACCAUCAAACACCGAAGGUCUUUCAUCGAGACAUCAAGUCGGCGAACAUCCUGCUAACCCGUAGCGGCCUGGCAAAGGUGGCAGAUUUUGGUCUGGCCCGCAUUUGCAAAAUGGGUGGGGCGCAGAGAUUGAAAGAUUUUGGCGGCACACCAGGCUACAUUUGCCCUAUCUAUGAAAAGACCCAGGUGAUCACCGAACGGUCGGAGGCGAUGUCAUUGCUUGGGCUUUGCUUGGCUCUGGUGACACUGCUGCUGUUCUUCAUCGAUUUGAAAUACCUUCGUGGACCUCGGGCUCCCAGCGCGAGCUUCUGCAACCUCACAGGAGCAGUACCCUGCAGCGAUGAGGUGGCGCAGGAAGCCAAUCGCCAAUUCCGGGCGCUGCGAAGGAGCAUCGUUCAGAUGGUCAUGGAUGCGUGCGGUGCAUUGGGUCUUCUCCUGUUGGCUCUCUACUCUGUUCGCAUUGUGGCCUUCGGAAAGGAGAGUCUCUCGGACGACGAGCUCUACCAUGCCUACUCCCUAGUGGUUUGGCAGUCGAUUUGUGCCAUCUUUCAUCAUGGACUUCUUGACUUUGGGGACCGCGAGAUCCUCUUUUUGUUGUAUGGCUUCAAUUUGGCCACCCUCUCAUUGGCUUUUUCGCCAGAUGCCACACUUGAGCCAUUUGUGAUGAUCGGGCGCAUCAUUGGCUCAAUCGUUUUUUUUGAUUUGCGACACGGCUUCUGCAUCAAUGUGCUGUUUAGUGCGCGGAGAGUCCACUUGUUGGCCUUUGCAUCUUACCAACCUUUGGGUCAAGCUAUCUUUGUGCAGGAGGUUUGUGUCACCAUUUGCAUUCUUAUGAUUCCUUGGGCCAUUGAGAACAUUGCGCGGCGAUGGAUCUCUGUGCUACUUUCAGCCAACGAAUUAGGCCUAUCUCUGCAAGCGGUCCGCUCCGUGACCGCCAUGUCCUGCGAUGCGCAAGGAGAACUGGACAAGGACAUGCGUUUGCUGCAGGUUUCACCGAAGCUGGCCCACUUUUUUCAAAAGCCGCCGAGUAGUUUGGAGGGCCGAUCUUUCUUGGAGCUGGUGGAGGAAGACGACCAUCAGCGACUGCAGACAGUGCUGCAGUCAGCCAAGGAGAUGGCGCAGCAACAAGGAAUACCCGUGCCUUUGAACUUGAACGUCUCGAAGCGGAAUGGGCAGCACAAGGAUCUGAGAAUCCAUGUCUGCAGCCUGGCCUCGGAGCGUCGAGGUCCACAGUAUUUCUUCGCCAUGACCGAGGUGGAAAAGCUGAAGCCAACGGAGCCAAUGGAGCCAACGGAGCCAGCGGACAAGGAUGAAGCAGGUGCAGCUGCCGCUUCGUCCGUCGAGGCGUCCAGUCAGCCGCGCCUGACCUCGGAAGCGCUGGCGGCGCAUUCCUGGGCCAUGCCCGUGCAGAACACCAGCAGCCUCUGGGAGGUGAAGGUACAAGUUGAUGAGGCAAGUCUGGAAGUUCAGGAGAUCAACAUCAUUCUGAACACCAACCAUUGGAAGAAAAGCCGGAAAACGUAUCUGAGCGAGUGCAUCUUACCAGGAGUUUGGGAUGAGUUCAAGCGCUGGAUCCUGGCUUCACUCGAGGGACGUCAAGGCACCCCGCCCUUCAUCGUGCCCUUUGGAUUUCCUCGUAUCAUGUGUGCCAUUGCGUGUGCACGACACGUGGAGUUGAAGCGGAAGGCCGACAUUUUCGCCAUGUUUGCCAUGUGA